AUGGGCGACUGGAGCUUCCUGGGGAGGCUACUAGAGAACGCGCAGGAGCACUCCACGGUCAUCGGCAAGGUUUGGCUGACGGUCCUGUUCAUCUUCCGCAUCCUGGUGCUGGGCGCCGCCGCCGAGGAGGUGUGGGGCGACGAGCAGUCGGACUUCACGUGCAACACGCAGCAGCCCGGCUGCGAGAACGUGUGCUACGACAAGGCCUUCCCCAUCUCGCACAUCCGCUUCUGGGUGCUGCAGAUCGUGUUCGUGUCCACGCCCACGCUCAUCUACCUGGGCCACGUGCUGCACCUCGUGCGCAUGGAGGAGAAGAGGCGCGAGCGCGACGAGGAGCGGCCGGAGGGCGGCGCGCCGGGCGCGCGCUGCGGCCCCGAGGCGCGGCCGCCCGUGCGCGACGACCGCGGGCGCGUGCGCAUGGCCGGCGCGCUGCUCCGCACCUACGUCUUCAACGUCAUCUUCAAGACGCUCUUCGAGGUGGGCUUCAUCGCCGGCCAGUACUUCCUGUACGGCUUCGAGCUGAAGCCGCUGUACCGCUGCGACCGGUGGCCCUGCCCCAACACGGUGGACUGCUUCAUCUCCCGGCCCACGGAGAAGACCAUCUUCAUCGUCUUCAUGCUGGCCGUGGCCUGCGUGUCCCUGCUCCUCAACGUGCUGGAGAUCUACCACCUGGGCUGGAAGAAGCUGAAGCAGGGCGUCACCGCCCCCGCCGGCCUCCCGCCCUGCCCCGCGCGCGCCGCCGCGGCCCCGGGGCCCCCCGCGGCCGGGCCGCGCGACCCGGGCGACCCCCGCCGGCCCGCGGCGGAGCAGAACUGGGCGGGCCCCGAGGCCGAGCCGCCCGCGCCGGCGCCCCCGAGCCCGGCGGGCCGCGCGCCGCAGCGCGCCCCCGACGCCCCCCGCGCCGCGCGCUCCGGGGACAGCAAACUGGACGCGGCGCCCGAGCCCGACGGCGGCCCCGCGGGCUCCUCGCCGCGCGCGGACCCGGGCCGGGCGAGCCAGGCCAGCAGGCGCAGCGGCGGCCGGGCGCGGCCCAGCGACUUGUCCGUGUAG